AUGGUGCGUCAGGAGGGCCAGGUUGGCCCUCAGCCCUUUGCCAUCUUGGACGCUUUCUGUGGAUGGCGGGAAGGAGGAAUCAGCUGUGUUCAGAGGAGGAGCAGAUGGAGUUUCAUCGUGGGGAUCGAAGGGGAACAAUCAGCGGCGCGAAAAGUGCCCUUCCUGAUCAGUUCAGGGGGUUCGCGCUUUCGCGUCAGGCUCCACAGCGCCGUUUUGUUGCGCUCUGCUCCGCACAGGGCCUGCUCAGAAAUGUGCUCUUUUAUUUCUUUGACCAGCACUUUAAGUAGCCCUUUCAAUGGUAUCCCCGCUGGAUAG